AUGGAUAAAUUUAAAUGUAUAAUUAAUUCUUUAGUAAUCAGACAUUGUAUAUUUAAAUAUGUACGUGAAAUCAAUAGAUUGUUUAUAGAUGAUCGAGAAUUCCCAAAGACAAGAUAUUACAAUUAUUAUAGUCUAUCAGACAACCCUAUACAGCUUGUUUACUAUAACUAUAUUGAUAGAUAUAUAAAUGAAUUAGAUCUGUGUUUGAAGGAAUCAACAAUUAAUAAUCUACAAAAAUCACAACAAACAUCAAAACAAUCAGAAAAAUCACCACCAACAAAUCUUUCAAGAGAAUUUAAAUUAUUAUCAUAUACCUAUUGUUUAGCAGAUGCAUUUAGACGUGCAAGAUAUAAUGGUAGUGAUGAACAGUGUACAUUAAUUAGAAGUAGAUAUUCAGAGUUUAUUGAUUGCUCGGUAUACGAUGAGAGGUUCGAGACAAAGGUGUUGGAAGAUGCAUGUAAGAGCGAUCAAUUGGAAAUAGUUGAAAAGGUUGGAAAUGGUCAAUUGAGUGGUCAUAUUACUGACAAAGUUUUACAACUAGCAAUACAAAGUGGAAGUCUAUCAACUGUAAAGUAUAUAGUCGAAACACAGCCACACGAUCUCUUUGAUAUCGGCAGAGCAAUGAAUUUGGCAGUGACAACCAAUCGAACCAAAAUAUUCGUGUCUAUCUCGGAAUCUAAAAUCCCGAAAGUUUCGGAAUACUAUCUAUUCGAUCAAACAAUGAUAAACAAAGCUAUUGAAAAUGGUAAUUUGAUGGUAGUUCGUAACAUUUUCGAUCAAAUGUCGUUGAGUAGCAAAACAUCAAUAUCAAUUCAAAUUUCUCUUUUCGUUGCUUCAAUUUAUUUGUUUAAUCAAUUCAAAUUGAAUGUUCCAGAGAAUUAUGUAGAUGAAAUAUUUCACGUACCUCAAACCCAAAGAUAUUGCAAUUUAGAAUUCAAUCAUUGGGAUGACAAGAUAACAACACUACCAGGUCUAUAUGUAUUCUCAGCGUUCAUAGCACAUAUACUCCGAGUGGUAGCACCAAGCUUGCCAUUCUGUUCGACUGAUUCACUAAGAUUGGUCAAUUUAUUUUAUACCGAUGUACUUUCGACACUCUCUGUAUUAUUAGUAUACUACUUGUCACUCAAGAAAAGAUAUACAUUAUCAUCAUUAGUUGGACUGUUCAGUGUAUUCUCAAGACAGACAAAUAUUGUUUGGAUAUUCUUUAUUGCAUUGGUUUCCAUUGAAGAUAUUUAUAAGAACAAACAAAGACCUAGACAAGUUGUUCCCAGUCUUGUUGGUGAGAUCUUUAAUUUCAUAAAGUUUGCACUCUCGAAUUUGUUGCUGAUUGUUCGAUUGCUAUAUGGAUAUAUAUUUGUUGGUUUGGCAUUUGUAGCAUUCCUAAAGGUGAACGGUGGUAUUGUUGUUGGAGAUAAGAGUAACCAUGAAUCGGCAUUCCACUUUGUACAACUACUCUAUUUCUCAUUGUAUUGCUAUCUCUUUAACGCACCGUCUGCCACGCUCUCAGUAUUCUCACCGAUUCACUUUGCCAAAAGUCUACUUUCACGACCAAUCAAAUCGAUUCCUCUUAUCACCAUAAUAUCAUUAUUCCUCUAUAAAAUGAUCGAUCUAUUUACACAUUAUAGUUUCUAUUUGUGGAACAAGAUAUUCUUAAAGUAUCCUCUAUCGAAAUUCGCAUUGAUUCCACUCUAUAUCUAUAGUGUCUGGAUGAUCUGGAAGAGUUUGAAAGCAGGUGGAAAAUCAAAUCUGUGGUUACCAGUCUAUUGGUAA